AUGAAUUCUCUUGUUAUUAUAUUUUCUAUUAUUUGUCUUCCAAAUAUUAUCUAUACAUCUAUACCAUUUACUAGAAAUCCAGGUUGUGAUCGACCUGAAUGUAAAGAAUUUAAUCAUCAAGCAUUAUACUAUGCAAAAAAUGAUAUUGAUGAUAAUACAGUUCAUAUAAUUUAUUCAUCAUUUGAUGAAAUAACAAUUAGUAUAUUCCAAACAGCCAAAGGUGUAAAUCCAACAUUUGAUUAUGCAGCUAUAUUUGAAAAGAAUUAUACUAAUGCUAUUGAUUUUCACGGUGCAAAACUAAAUAAUUCUUUGACGUUAGUUCUCCGUCGUUUAAUUCAAUUUAAUGAUAUAAAUGAUAAUGGUAAGAUGGAUGUUAAUGAUAAUACAACCAUUUCAUAUUUUAUAAGUAAUAUAAAGACAACUAAUGCAACUUUUCAAGAUAAUACAGAGCAACCAACAUUUCAAUUACCAUUAGACAUGUUGAAUGGUUCACUAAGUAUUGAUAUUGUCUAUCCUGGUGCAACAAUGCGAGAUACGAAAUUUCCUAAAUUAAAAACGGCACCAAAAAGUUUGUUUAUUAAUAUUGCUGUACAAGCCAAUACAUUUUCUUCAUCAAAAACCCGAUUUGCUUUUGAAAUACUUCAAAUAUUACCGGGUACUGAAGGCUCACGUAUAUUCUCAUCAAAAUUUAUUGAUGAUCAAUAUACACCAGGUAUUUUUAAUGUAUAUCAAUUGCGAACAAUGGAUUCAUCGAAUCCAGCAUCUAUGCUAUGGAAACCUGUUGUAUAUCAAAGUGAAGAUCGUACAAUCGAACAAAAUACAUUAAUGCAAGUUUAUGAAAUAGACAAUAAUUUUACACUUGAUAAAGAAAAUGAUCAAGGAAUAUUUUUUGCACUUCUUUCUAAACCGAAAGUAUCAGCAUUCAAUAUUUCACUUGGUCAAGCAAAUGAUGGUUUUUUUACUAAGACAAAUUAUACAUUUAUUCAAUUUACAGCUGGUCUUGAUUUACUUGAACCUGAUUCAACACAACAAUUCGUUACCAUUGCAUUAAUUGUUAGUCUAGCUUUACCCGUUAUAGUCGGAGUUAUCGCAAUUAUAUUUAUGAUAAAACGAAGAUUUUCACCACAGGAAUGA